UAAAUCCGGCUAGGGACUGGGUGCAGGUGGGGGUGGGAGCACCCCGCUGCCCCAUAUAUACAGCCCCUGAGGCCAGGUCUGGCUCUCAGCUCUCUCCUGUUCUCUGUCUUUCCUCGCUGCUCUCAGGUCUUUGCCUCGUCUCUAGACACAUUUGAGAUACCAAGGCCCAGCCAUGGGGGAUGCCGAGAUGUCCGCCUUUGGGGCUGCCGCCCCCUACCUGCGCAAGUCAGAGAAGGAGCGACUGGAAGCCCAGACCAGGCCUUUCGACCUCAAGAAGGAUGUCUUCGUGCCAGAUGACAAAGAGGAGUUCGUCAAGGCCAAGAUUGUGUCUCGAGAAGGUGGCAAAGUCACUGCUGAGACUGAGCACGGCAAGACGGUGACGGUGAAGGAGGACCAGGUGAUGCAGCAGAACCCACCCAAGUUCGACAAGAUCGAGGACAUGGCCAUGCUGACCUUCCUGCACGAGCCCGCAGUGCUGUACAACCUCAAGGAGCGCUACGCGGCCUGGAUGAUCUAUACCUACUCAGGCCUCUUCUGCGUCACUGUCAACCCCUACAAGUGGCUGCCAGUGUACAACGCCGAGGUGGUGGCCGCCUACCGGGGCAAGAAGAGGAGCGAGGCCCCGCCCCACAUCUUCUCCAUCUCCGACAACGCCUAUCAGUACAUGCUGACGGAUCGGGAGAACCAGUCCAUCCUCAUCACAGGAGAAUCUGGAGCAGGGAAGACUGUGAAUACAAAGCGUGUCAUCCAAUACUUCGCCAGCAUUGCAGCCAUAGGUGACCGUGGCAAGAAGGACAAUCCCAAUGCAAACAAGGGCACCCUGGAGGACCAGAUCAUCCAGGCCAACCCCGCCCUGGAGGCCUUCGGCAACGCCAAGACCGUGCGGAAUGACAACUCCUCCCGCUUUGGGAAAUUCAUCAGGAUCCACUUUGGAGCCACUGGAAAGCUGGCUUCUGCAGACAUAGAGACCUAUCUGCUGGAGAAGUCUCGGGUGAUCUUCCAGCUAAAGGCUGAGAGGAACUACCAUAUCUUCUACCAGAUCCUGUCCAACAAGAAGCCAGAGCUGCUGGACAUGCUGCUGCUCACCAACAACCCCUACGACUACGCCUUCGUGUCUCAGGGAGAGGUGUCUGUGGCCUCCAUCGAUGACUCUGAGGAGCUCAUGGCCACUGAUAGUGCCUUUGACGUGCUGGGCUUCACACAAGAGGAGAAGGCCGGUGUCUACAAGCUGACAGGUGCCAUCAUGCACUAUGGGAACAUGAAGUUCAAGCAGAAGCAGCGAGAGGAGCAGGCAGAGCCAGACGGCACCGAAGAUGCCGACAAGUCUGCCUACCUCAUGGGGCUGAACUCUGCUGACCUGCUCAAGGGGCUGUGCCACCCUCGGGUGAAAGUGGGCAACGAGUAUGUCACCAAAGGACAGAGCGUUCAGCAGGUGUACUACUCCAUUGGCGCACUGGGCAAGGCAGUGUAUGAGAAGAUGUUCAAUUGGAUGGUGACACGCAUCAAUGCCACCCUGGAGACAAAGCAGCCACGUCAGUACUUCAUAGGGGUCCUCGACAUCGCUGGCUUCGAGAUCUUCGAUUUCAACAGCUUUGAGCAGCUCUGCAUCAACUUCACCAAUGAGAAGCUGCAGCAGUUUUUCAACCACCACAUGUUCGUGCUAGAGCAGGAGGAGUACAAGAAGGAGGGCAUUGAGUGGGAGUUCAUUGACUUUGGCAUGGACCUGCAGGCCUGCAUUGACCUCAUCGAGAAGGUGCCGCCCAUUCCCCUGCUGUGUGCCCUGGAUGACCUUCAGGCUGAGGAGGACAAGGUCAACACCCUGACCAAGGCGAAGGUCAAGCUGGAGCAGCAGGUGGAUGAUCUGGAGGGAUCCCUGGAGCAGGAGAAGAAGGUGCGCAUGGACCUGGAGCGGGCAAAGCGGAAGCUGGAGGGUGACCUGAAGCUGACCCAGGAGAGCAUCAUGGACCUAGAGAAUGACAAGCAGCAGCUGGAAGAAAAGCUCAAGAAGAAGGAGUUUGACAUUAAUCAGCAGAACAGUAAGAUUGAGGAUGAGCAGGCGCUGGCUCUUCAGCUGCAGAAGAAACUGAAGGAGAACCAGGCGCGCAUCGAGGAGCUGGAGGAGGAGCUGGAGGCAGAGCGCACCGCCCGCGCCAAGGUGGAGAAGCUGCGCUCAGACCUGUCCCGGGAGCUGGAGGAGAUCAGCGAGAGGCUCGAGGAGGCCGGCGGGGCCACGUCCGUGCAGAUCGAGAUGAACAAGAAACGCGAGGCCGAGUUCCAGAAGAUGAGGCGCGACCUGGAGGAGGCCACGCUGCAGCACGAGGCCACGGCGGCGGCGCUGCGCAAGAAGCACGCGGACAGCGUGGCCGAGCUCAGCGAGCAGAUCGACAACCUGCAGCGGGUGAAGCAGAAGCUGGAGAAGGAGAAGAGCGAGUUUAAGCUGGAGCUGGACGAUGUCACCUCCAACAUGGAGCAGAUCAUCAAGGCCAAGGCCAACCUGGAGAAGAUGUGCAGGACCCUGGAAGACCAGAUGAAUGAGCACCGAAGCAAGGCUGAGGAGACCCAGCGUUCUGUCAACGACCUCACCAGCCAACGGGCCAAACUGCAAACUGAGAAUGGUGAGCUGUCCCGGCAGCUGGAUGAGAAGGAGGCACUGAUCUCGCAGCUGACCCGAGGCAAGCUCACCUACACCCAGCAGCUGGAGGACCUCAAGAGGCAGCUGGAGGAAGAGGUUAAGGCCAAGAACGCCCUGGCCCACGCACUGCAGUCGGCCCGGCAUGACUGUGACCUGCUGCGGGAGCAGUAUGAGGAGGAGACGGAGGCCAAGGCCGAGCUGCAGCGUGUGCUGUCCAAGGCCAACUCGGAGGUGGCCCAGUGGAGGACCAAGUAUGAGACGGACGCCAUCCAGCGCAAUGCAUAUGAGGAGUCCCUGGAGCACCUGGAGACCUUCAAGCGGGAGAACAAGAACCUGCAGGAGGAGAUCUCAGACCUAACUGAGCAGCUGGGAUCCAGUGGGAAGAGCAUCCACGAGCUGGAGAAGAUCCGCAAACAGCUGGAGGCGGAGAAGCUGGAGCUACAGUCAGCCCUGGAGGAGGCUGAGGCCUCCCUGGAGCAUGAGGAGGGCAAGAUCCUCCGCGCCCAGCUGGAGUUCAACCAGAUUAAGGCAGAGAUUGAGCGGAAGCUGGCAGAGAAGGAUGAGGAGAUGGAGCAGGCCAAGCGCAACCACCUGCGGGUGGUGGACUCACUGCAGACCUCGCUGGAUGCGGAGACACGCAGCCGCAAUGAGGCUCUGCGGGUGAAGAAGAAGAUGGAGGGCGACCUCAAUGAGAUGGAGAUCCAGCUCAGCCAUGCCAACCGCUUGGCUGCAGAGGCCCAGAAGCAAGUCAAGAGCCUCCAAAGCUUGCUGAAGGACACCCAGAUCCAGCUGGAUGACGCAGUCCGGGCCAAUGAUGACCUGAAGGAGAACAUCGCCAUCGUGGAGCGGCGCAAUAACCUGCUGCAGGCUGAGCUAGAGGAGCUGCGCGCCGUGGUGGAGCAGACAGAGAGGUCUCGGAAGCUGGCUGAGCAGGAGCUGAUCGAGACCAGUGAGCGGGUGCAGCUGCUGCGCACCGUGGACUACAACAUCCUGGGCUGGCUAGAAAAGAACAAAGACCCGCUCAAUGAAACAGUGGUGGGCCUGUACCAGAAGUCUUCCCUCAAGCUCAUGGCCACACUCUUCUCCUCCUAUGCUUCCGCCGAUACUGGGGACAGUGGUAAAGCCAAAGGAGGCAAGAAAAAAGGCUCAUCCUUCCAGACAGUGUCUGCUCUCCACCGGGAAAAUCUGAAUAAGCUGAUGACCAACCUGAGGACUACCCACCCUCACUUUGUGCGCUGCAUCAUACCCAAUGAACGGAAGGCUCCAGGGGUGAUGGACAAUCCCCUGGUGAUGCACCAGCUGCGUUGCAACGGCGCUGAGCAGAAGCGCAACGCGGAAUCAGUCAAGGGCAUGAGGAAGAGUGAGCGGCGCAUCAAGGAGCUCACCUACCAGACCGAAGAGGACAGGAAGAACCUGCUGCGGCUGCAGGACCUGGUGGACAAGCUGCAGCUGAAGGUCAAGGCCUACAAGCGCCAGGCUGAGGAGGCGGAGGAGCAGGCCAACACCAACCUGUCCAAGUUCCGCAAGGUGCAGCAUGAGCUUGAUGAGGCGGAGGAGCGGGCAGACAUUGCCGAGUCCCAAGUCAACAAGCUUCGGGCCAAGAGCCGCGACAUUGGCACCAAGGGCUUGAAUGAGGAGUAGCUUUGCCACAUCUUGAUCUGCCCAGUCCUGAGGGUGCCAAUGAAGUCCCUAGACCCAGUGCCUGUGUAACAGCACUCAGGAAGAAACAGAAUAAAGCAGUUUUCUUUGAAGCUGAAA